UGCAUAUAUAGUGGGACAACGGAUACGCAACUUGGCAGUUGACACGCAGUUCAGCUAGCUCCUGUUUGUACAUUUGUCAACCCUCACGGGUUCACCCGAACGUCGAAGAACUCCCCAAACCGUCGAGGGACCGAACGCAAAGCUUGCCAAGCAAUAUGACGGUCGUGGAGAUGUGCGUGCAUAUGUGUUGCGCCGGGUGCGAGAAGAAGAUAAGGAAGGCAGUCGAGAGGUUAGAAGGAGUGGACGCGGUGGAGAUCGACAUGGAGAUGCAGAAGGUGACGGUGAACGGGGACGUGGACCAGAAGAAGGUGCUCAAGACGGUGAGGAGGACGGGAAAGCGCGCGGUGCUGUGGCCGACCCCGUUCAUCGCCGGCGCAGGCGCCGGCGGCGCCGUCAACCUCCUCGCGCAGCAGCACCAGUACCACCCGGGCGGGGCCCAGAUGUACGCGACCCACGCCUCGGGGCCCACCUCCUCGUACAACUACUACAAGCACGGCUACGACGACUCGCGCCUCUACGGCGCCAACUCCGCCGUCGUCGGCGGCACCAGGGCCACCGAUUACUUCAGCGACGAGAACACGGGAGGCUGCUCAGUAAUGUGAUCCACACGAUCAUAAUAUGGACGGGUUUUACUUAUGAUUAAAUCUUCUUCUUUCAUUCUCUGUAAAUUAAGUACACUUUGCUGAAAAAAAUCGCCAACAGAUACAACGAUCGCUCUCAAAUAA